GCGCGGCCGAGGCAGUCGCAGCGGGGCCAUCUUCGGCGGGCGAGCGGGCUCGGACUGUGCAGCCCGCACCUGUGCCCCUCGCCCGGCCCGAUGGCGCCGCGGCCGCUGGGCCCCCUGGUGCUGGCGCUGGGCGGCGCCGCGGCGGUGCUGGGCUCGGUGCUCUUCAUCCUUUGGAAGACCUACUUCGGCCGCGGCCGGGAGCGGCGCUGGGACCGGGGCGAGGCCUGGUGGGGCGCGGAGGCUCCCCGCCUCCGCGAGUGGGACGAGUGGGACCCCGAGGACGAGGAGGACGAGGAGCCAGCGCUAGAGGAGCUGGAGCAGCGCGAGGUGCUGGUGCUGGGGCUGGAUGGCGCGGGCAAGAGCACGUUCUUGCGCGUCCUGUCGGGGAAGCCACCGCUGGAAGGACACAUCCCCACGUGGGGCUUCAACUCCGUGCGGCUGCCCACCAAGGACUUUGAGGUGGACCUGCUAGAAAUUGGUGGCAGCCAGAACCUGCGCUUCUACUGGAAGGAGUUUGUGAAUGAGGUGGAUGUGCUGGUGUUUGUGGUGGACUCAGCUGACCGACUGCGGCUGCCCUGGGCCCGACAGGAGCUGCACAAGCUGCUGGACAAGGACCCUGACCUGCCUGUCGUCGUGGUGGCCAACAAGCAGGACCUGAGCGAGGCCAUGAGUAUGGUGGAGAUGCAGCAGGAGCUGGGCCUGCAGGCUAUCGAUAGCCAGCGGGAGGUUUUCCUCUUGGCGGCCAGCAUUGCCCCUGCAGGACCCAGCUCUGAAGAGCCUGGCACCGUGCACAUCUGGAAACUGCUCUUGGAACUUCUUUCCUAGGCUGGAGCUCUCCUCGCCACCUGCCUGUGAAGACCACAGUUGUACCACUGCUGCUUCAUUGCCAGACUGGGCCUGGGGCAAGAGCCACAUGGCAGCAUUUCCCUCCUCCCCUCCUUUCCCUCUUGAGAGCAGGGCCUGGGUAAGGCCAAGAACCAUGCAGAAGCCUUCAUAGUGAGGUGACCGUGAAGCUGAAGUAGGGAGGUGGGUGAAAGAGGGUGGGGAGGAUAAUGUCUGGCUCAUUCCAGACUGGAAUGUGGAUCUAGCUUUCCCUUCUCUGUACAGUGGGAUGCUCAGUGGGCUCAAUCCUUCCCUCCUUACAGCUGAGAAACUAGUGUAGGUGUCAGAAACACUCCUAGAGCCUCAAGGUCUCCCAGUCUAGACUCUUCCCUCCUGAUGAUGUCAUGCCCUUCUCACGUGGGCAGCUUCUGAGUGGUAACACAGCAAGCCUUUGCUCCCAGUCCUGCAUUGUACAGCCCCAGCUCUAUGUAAAUGACUUGUGGCCUUGUGCAAUCUCUGCCUCUCUGGCCCCAGGGCCAUUAUUUUUAAAGGGAGGUGGUUUCCUGAUUCGGAGAUGCCUUUCCCAGCCUUGGGAGUGUGAAGUGCUAGGAUGAACCUGGCGAUCCUAGCAAAGAGCUUUCUGAAGACCUCCCUGCUUUUCCCUGAGCCCAGGCCUGGUCUGCCAGCCUCACUUGACUACAGAAUAACUGAUAUUCAUCAACCAAACAGAAAAAGUGAAGGCUGGGAUUUUUCCCCACUAAUCUGGCAACAAGCUGCUGCUCUUGUACUAACUGUGCCAAUGACCAUGUUUACAGAAGUCAGGGGAAGGAACGAGCCUGUGUCCCUGGGAAGACGGUCAACUGGAGCUAGGUGUUGACCUCAGAACUGCAUUUUAUUUAUUAAUUUAUAAGAGAAACAGGCCAGAAUUCUAGGCUCUGUUUCUAGGUGCUGUUAUCAAAACCCCAGAUGAUAGUGAUAGAAAAUGUAGAACUUAGGAAAAUAGCUGGAAUCAUGAAUGGCAAUGAGAGAUAACAUACAGAUGUCAAUGGAGACCAAGCUGUAGGCUUCUUCCUACCACCGGGCCUUUGAGGCUGUCGUUGAUAUCUUAGUACUUUACGAGAACUCACAUGAACUGAAACUCUACCACUUGGCCUAGGAUGUUGAAAGGCUGCAAACUCCUUCUGGGUAGAUAGCAAAUGACUCUGAGAGAGGAUCUCUAUUAUAUGAUCUAGGUAAAAAGAUGGGGAAAAAAUUGUAUUAUGCGAUCCUAAGGAUAGGAAUAGCAGACUAGCCAACAGGAUGGCCUUGGGUAUGUCACUCAGUCUUUCUGGACUCAUUUUUUCCCCAGUGAAAGCCAAGUUGGACUGAAUUUCUGGACUUCUCAUCAGUGCACAUUCUGUGGUUCUCCAGCGCUUGGUGAUCAGUCCAUAAGGACUGGCUGUGUACUGACACUUACUGUUGGUACAGGCAAAGAGGAGCCUGUUGUCUGUUAGGGACCACUAAAUAAUCGACAACCACAAAUGGUUUGUUUUUUUUUUUUAAGGAAAGCUGUCCAGCUCAAUUUGCUGUCUGGUUGAGAAUAGAGAUGUGUGCCUUCAUUUCAUUUGACAUUUACCCAGCAUGCCUCCUCAGUUCCACACUGUGACCAGUGCAAUAAGAGGAACUAUGAUAAAAAUAGUUCAACAGGCAGGAAGGAAGGUGGGAAAUACUGAAGUCCAGAAGUGAGUGCGAUCAUUGGCAGAGUGGCUGCCGUGCCCUGGGGCUCCAUACACAUCAGAGUAGAAUCACUGUUCUUUAAAGUGCUGGUUCACUUUCUGCAGUAAGAAGUGAUUUAUGUGCUCUUAUAUAAAAUUUUAAGGAAUGACCUGGGUUUUAGAGUAGGCUUUGAAACUUUGCUGGCAGCUUUUCAUUUUGUCAUUGGAAGGGUAAGAGACUUUUCUCCUUU